AUUUUGCCCAGUUAUGGAGCAAGAUUUUACGUCUUGGGGUGCGCUCGGGCAGUUGCAGAAUGGAUACAGUUGUGUUGGUUUGUGCUCCAGCGAGCGCUAGUGCUCUGAUACACAUGCAAUCGUGUCGGGGAAUGGGAAUUUGCUGAAGGCUAUAUAAAUGAGUAUAGCAAUGGAGUCCCGCCUAACAUACGAUGGUUUACCAAUCCAUUCUCUCUUUAUUUUGAACACGGAAUUUUGUAACCUAAGUUUGUACGUGCGAAGCAGUUGUAUCAGCAGUUCGUGUACAAUCCUACAUCGACAAUGUCCCGAAAAAUAAAAGUCGCAGCGGCCCAAGUUGGUUCAGUCCACAUCGACUCUGACCGCAAAGAAACACUCCAACGACUCAUCGCCCUCAUGAAAACUGCCGCAUCAUCCGGCGCACAACUCCUCGUCUACCCAGAAACUGCCUUCACGACCUUUUUCCCGCGCCACCUAAUGAGCCAGGCGGAGGUGGAGAGAUUCUUCGAGAAGGGUGAUGACAUAACCCAGAGCGAGAAUGUCAAGGAUGCCGGAGAAAACUAUAACACAUGCGUCUACUAUUCAGGGAAGCAAGGGAAAGUCCUCAGCAAGUACCGCAAAAUCCACCUUCCCGGCACGAGUGAACCGUACGAGAACCCCAACGCAAUCAACCAGUUGGAAAAAAGAUACUUCAGACCGGGGAAUCUGGGCUUCAUGGCGUUCCGAGUCCCAGAUCUUGUCCCGGAUGCACUCAAAAAGAGUGACACGACCGCAACGACGAUGACAAAAACAGACAUCGCCGGCAAAGGUGACCCAAUUGUCGGAAUGAUCAUAUGCAAUGAUCGCCGCUGGCCCGAGUCCUGGCGCGCGUACGGGCUGCAAGGAGUAGAACUUGUGCUGUGCGGGUACAACACGCCCAGUUUCGCACCAGACCUAUACGGUGACCCAGAAAUGGAUCGCGAAGCGGCGGAGCGGAAGGCUUAUUUCUAUCAUAAACUCGUCAUGGAGUAUAAUAGUUAUGCCAAUAGCUGCUAUUCUAUUUCGGCGGCACGUGCAGGACUGGACGAUGGGAAGUAUGGGCUUAUUGGGGGUUCGGCGAUUGUCGAUCCGAUGGGACAGACGAUUGCGGAAGCGAAGGGGACGGGGGACGAGGUUGUUGUGGCGGAAAUUGAUCUCGCGAUGUGUCGGUAUGGGAAGAAGGCGUCGUUUGAUUUCGACCGAUAUCGAAGGAUCGAAGCGUAUGGGAUCCUCUCAUCGCAGACGGGUGUUGUAGAACCUCCUCUUUUAUGAGGUGGUAGCGUUACAUAACUAAUUACUUGUCAUUCCCAUGAGCAAAGUGUCGGUUGUUCUGAGAUGGUCCUCUCGAUAUCCUAGAUAGAUUUUGAUGUUCAAGAUCCUACCCUACCCCGAACUUAACUCCCCAACAAACGCUCUAGCCCGCCUAGAUUCCUUCAAGCGUUACCUAAAGUGUUGUAGAGCACAAUGAAUAUUCGUUAAACGACUCUAAGAUUUCCA